AUGGACUCCCCCAUUGUAGCUCACCUCUUUCGCCAAUUGUUUCGACAUCGUCCGCGCGGAUGUCAAGGUUUGCGCAAUGGCCUCGCCAGCAGGCCUCACAGACAGCCAGUUCGCGGGCUCGUGAACAAGGCCUCGAUAGAUCGGGGCAUGAAGACAAACGAGAGUCGCUGGCAGCAACGGACGCACAUCUUGCCGGAGGACCGCAGAGAGGAGUUUGCAGAGUAUCCUUACAUCUCGCUGCCGGAGCUGAAGAUGAGAAGUGAGCGGCCUCGGAAAGUAAAGAUGCUACUUCGGGACUUCAUAGACGAUAGUCUCUACAACCCCUCAUACGGCUACUUCUCCAAAGAAGCCGUCAUCUUCAGCCCAGGCGAGCCCUUCGACUUCAAUUCCAUGCGCGACGAGCUCGAGUUCCAAGCCGACCUCGGCAGGCGAUACACCGAAUUCGAAGACCUCCUCGACGAGAAAGAAGGCGAAAGCGCGACGCGACAGCUCUGGCACACCCCGACAGAGCUCUUCCGACCUUUCUACGGCGAGGCCAUUGCCCGCUACCUCGUCUCCAACUACCGCCUCACGACGUAUCCCUACGACGACCUGCUCAUCUUCGAAAUGGGCGCCGGACGGGGCACCCUCAUGCUCAACAUCCUCGACUACAUCCGCGCCGCCGACCCGCAAGUCUACGCCCGCACCAAAUUCAACAUCAUCGAAAUCUCCUCUUCGCUCGCGGCCCUCCAGAACCGCCACCUCCUCUCCACCGCAGAAUCGCGCGGCCACGCAGACAAGGUCGAAAUCAUCAACAAGUCCAUCUUCGAAUGGGACCAGUACGUCCCCUCACCGUGCUUCUUCCUCGCCAUGGAGGUCUUUGACAACUUCUCCCACGACGGCAUCCGCUACGACGUCACCACCGAGGAGCCUCUCCAGGGCCACGUGCUCAUUGACGGCGACGGCGACUUUUACGAAUUCUACGUCCAUGAGCUAGACCCUCUCGCCGCAAGAUUCUUCCGCGUCCGCCAUGCCGCCACGGGGGGCAACUAUCCCAAGCCGUACCCUUCCAACCCUGUUCUUCGGUACAUGUCCAACAAGUUGCCCUUUGCCGCCAACCUGUCCCAGGCCGAGUUCAUCCCCACAAGACUGAUGCAAUUCUUCGACGUCCUGGAAAAGUACUUUCCCGCCCACCGCCUCAUCACCUCUGAUUUCGACUCUCUCCCUCAAGCCAUCAAGGGUCUCAAUGCCCCCGUCGUGCAGACUCGGUUCCAGCGAAAGAUGGUGCCCGUCACGACUCCCCUUGUCCACCAAGGCUACUUUGAUAUUCUCUUCCCCACAGACUUCAACAUCACUGAAGCCAUUUACCGCGCCAUCACCGGGAAGCUCACCCGCGUCAUGACCCAUGGGGACUUUAUGCGUCGAUGGGCCUAUGUUGAGGAUACGGAGACGCGAAGCGGGGAGAAUCCUCUCCUGUCACAUUAUAGAAAUGCCAGUGUCAUGGUUACUGUAUAA